CUAUGCUCGUAACUUGUACGUAAUUCUAACAAAAACAUAAUAAAUUAACAAAAUGGCACCUACCACGAUCCGGACGCCGCCCGCUCUUGCGGACUUCAAGCCUCUUGAAGAGCACCUCCGGCAAACUCCCGAGACAUUCUUCGGCGGAAAGCCAGUCCUCUACUACCAUGCGACCGGCGCAAAGGCCUGGAUCCCCAAGUCGCAGCGCGGCAGGCUGCCCUUCUUCCCAGCCGACCUCGAGGCUGAACCUACAGCUCCUGAAGGUGCCGCUUUGAGCGAGGGUGCUGAGGAAACCGUUGAGCAAAAAGUUGAUCUCUAUGUCAACUCCCAGUCCUCACGCGCUGGACCAGAAGUUAACAACCCCACGCCUCCUCUUUGCAGAAACCUCACAAUAUUCUCCCCUUCCGCCGAAGUUGGCUUUGAGAUCCCCUACCCCGUGAUUAGCAUUCACGCGAUCAAGACCAUUGGCACCGGCGAAACAAAGUACCCCUCCGUCUUCCUCCAGCUCGAGCUCUCCCCCGACGGCGGCGCCGACGACGACGACUUUGAAACCGUCGAACUCACCCUCAUUCCCCCACCUGCUCCUUCCACCGAAUCCCAACAAACCGAAACCGAGGAGGAGCCAACAAUCGGCAAGAAACAACCCGACAAUGAAGCAACAAAACUCUACAAAGCCAUCUCCGCUUGCUCCGAUCUCAACCCCGAUCCCGUCGAGGAAGGCGACGAAGACGAAGACUACGACGAUGACAGGAUAGUCUUUGAGGGCGAUGCCAUUGAAGGUUUCCAGGGCGUGUUUGCGGGGUCGAAUUCGGGAGGUCUGCCGCCGCCGAUGCCUGGCAGUUCCGGGUGGAUCACGGCGGAGAACGUGCACGAGUACUUCGAUGAACAAGGAAACUGGAUCGGUGGGGAAGAGGAGGUUGAGAUUGAGAUCGAAGGAGAGGAAGAUGGUGGCGUAAAUGGAGGAGAGCUUGGUGAAGGUGCUGGUACCGUGAGAAGGAGGGAGGAUGUAGAGGAUCCGGCUGAUGGUGGUGGAGAAAAGGAUGAACAGGGUGAGAAUAAGAGGGCUAGGAUUGAGUAGGGAAGUUGAGGUCGAGUGAGAGCGCCCAGUAGACGCCUGUGCGUUCCAGCUGUUGGAGUGGACAUGGCUAGGACUGGGUACAAUGGGCUUGGUAUGCUUCUGGGGAUGGUCGGGCCCAAACAACGGAACCUUUGGAAACUCCUUUUUCUGGCACGGUGUAUCGGUCUGAAGAGAGACCGAAAAAUUCACGAUCAGCGUGUUAAGGACGGGUCUAGUCCUCAUGAGUACAGACAAUGAUUGCCAAUGCGUGAGUCUUAUGCCUGAUCCGUGUAUUGGCGUAUCCUCCUGACUACCUACCCCGUAAACUUUCG